AUGGAGUUCCUGAGUUGUGUACUCCUACUUGUGUUGACAUUCACUCUUGCACAAGCUUUGCGUUCUCUGCUUUCAAGAGGCAAAAAUGCAAAGUACAAGCUCCCACCAGGACCUUCACCUCUUCCUAUAGUGGGAAACCUCCUUGCAUUGGGCAAAAAGCCCCACCAAUCACUGGCAAAACUUGCUCAAAUCUACGGCCCAAUAAUGUGUCUGAAGUUAGGACAAGUAACAACCAUAGUUGUCUCUUCAGCAGAAAUGGCCAAAGAGGUUCUUCAAACCCAUGAUCAGUUCUUGUCAAACCGAGACGUUCCACAUGCUGUGGAAGUUUUCAACCACGAAAAGUAUAGCAUGACCUUCUUGCCUGUUUCACCUCAGUGGCGAGACCUAAGGAAAAUAUGCAAUACUCAGUUAUUCUCCAAUAAGACUUUGGAUGCUAGUCAAGACCUUAGGCGUAUGAAACUGCAAGAACUCCUUCAUGAUAUCAAUCAAAGCAGCUUAAUUAGUGAAGCAGUAGAUAUUGGAGCAGCAGCUUUCAAUACUGUAAUCAAUUUAUUAUCAAACACUAUUUUCUCUGUAGAUUUGUUUGAGUCUGCAGGUUCAGCUGGAGAUUUCAAGGAGACAGUGACACAUAUCAUGAAAGAGUGUGGAAAACCUAACUUGGCUGACUUUUACCCUGCGCUGAAAAAGGUUGAUCCACAGCGCAUUAAUAGUCGCAACGGUUUUUACGCUGGAAAGGUCAUAGACAUCUUCCGCCGUUUGGUUGAUCAAAGGUUGAAGCUAAGGGAAGUUCAAAGUGCUGCUGACACACACAAUGACAUGCUAAAUACCUUACUCAACAUUGCUCAAGAGAACAGCCAAGAGAUGGACAAAACCAAAAUUGAACACUUAUCCCUGACUCUAUUUGUUGCGGGAACGGAUCCAGUUACACAUACGCUAGAAUGGGCAAUGGCAGAGUUACUCCAAAAUGCACAGGCUAUGGAAAAAGCAAAACAAGAGUUGGAGCAAACCAUUGGGAAAGGUAAACCUGUUGAGGAAUCAGAUAUUGCCAGGCUUCCUUAUUUACAAGCAGUAAUAAAGGAGACCUUGAGAUUGCACCCUCCUGUCCCACUUUUAAUCCCACGGAAAGCCGAUGAAAAUGUGGAAAUUUGUGGCUACACAAUCCCAAAAGGUGCAAGGGUGCUAGUUAAUGUGUGGGCUAUUGGAAGAAAUUCAAGUAGUUGGAAAGAUGCAAAUGUGUUUUCACCAGAAAGGUUCUUAAGCUCUGAAAUUGAUGUCAAAGGUCGCAAUUAUGAGCUAACACCAUUUGGUUCUGGGCGUCGAGUUUGUCCUGGCUUGCUGUUUGCCAUGAGGAUGUUGUAUUUGAUGUUGGGUUCAAUACUCAACUGUUUUAAUUGGAGACUUGAAGAUGGUAUGUCAAUAGAGGAUAUGAACAUGGACGACAACUUUGGGCUAGCUUUAGCAAAGGCUGAACCCGUCAGAAUUAUUCCAGAGAAAAUUAGCAAUUAAUUUCUCUGAAAUGUUACACAUUAUGGAAUAAAAUAGCGGCGGUAGUAAAAGUAUUAAGUGUAAAUAUCUUUUUUUGGUCCUCAACAAAUUUCACGAUGCCCGUUUUAAUCCUUAUCAAAUAAAAAGGCUAUUCGCAGUUCUUAAGAAAUUCAAAAUAAAUCCAUUUAAUUGAAAUCGUGGUUCCUCACAAAUUAAAAAGACUCACAUUAGUUCCUCAAAAGGACUAAAAUGGAUCCAUUUUGAAUUUCUUAGGGACCACGAAUAGCCUUUUUAUUUGCUAAGGACUAAAGCGGAUAUCGUAAAAUUUGCUGAAGAUCGAAAAUGAUAUUUACUGAAGUCUUAAAUACUCGCUUAAUGCAAAGUCGCAUACUACGCCUAUGUAGGACCGUAUUGUCAUGUAUGCGCUAUGUAUGGUUAUGAAA